GAAAAAGUGUGUUAGAAUCGGUGAACUGUGCUUCGUUUCCUAGAACUUAGGAAACAAAAAAAAAUGACGAUCGAUUCCGAAGCCGGUCCCCUCGUAGAACGGGCUCAAGAAAAAGUAAGAUGUUUUUUCGAUGUUACUCUGGGUGGGUUGCCUGCGGGGCGUAUCGUGUUCGAACUGCUUCCGGCAAUUGCCCCCAAGACGUGCGAGAAUUUUCGCUCCCUGUGCACAGGGGAAAAGGGAAUUGGGCAAAAAACGGGUAAACCACUUCACUACAAGGGUAUAAUUUUUCAUCGAGUUGUGAAGGAUUUCAUGAUACAAUCUGGAGAUUUUUCGAAUGGUAACGGAACUGGUGGUGAAUCUAUCUACGGGGGAACCUUCGAAGACGAAGCUUUCACUCUGAAACAUGAUCGAGCAUUUUUGCUCUCUAUGGCCAAUCGUGGAAAAAACACGAAUGGCUCCCAAUUUUUCAUUACAACGCAACCUGCUCCACAUCUUGACAAUGUUCACGUUGUUUUUGGCCAUGUUGUUUCCGGUCAGGAUUUAGUACGACAGCUCGAACAGCUACCGGUCGAUCGAAAUUCUCGUCCAUUGCAAGAUGCAAUGGUAUCAAACUGUGGCGAAUUAGUUCGUCACGUAAAAGAAAAGAAAGAGAAAAAGAAGAAAAAAGUCGCAGCUUCAAGUGACGAUUCUGACGAUGAUUCUAGCAGAAAGCGUAAAAAGGAAAAAAAGAAGAAACGCGGAAAAGAAACACCUCCAAGGUCGAAACGAUCCAAUGAAAGAGAUUCAGUUGAGGAAGGAGAAGUGGAGGAUGAUAUUCACCCCUUGGCAACGAUAACCAAAAUUGAUCCGGAUGAAAUUCCUGAGGUAUCGAACAAAUACCUUAUGCGAUCUGACAAACGUGUCGACCAAGACGAUGAUCGUAGACGAGAUCAAAGGUCAAAGGAUCAGACAAAACCGUUCGGAUGGUCUAAGAAGCGCGUGCCACUUUCCCGGAGCGGUCGGAUUAUCAAGGGACGAGGUCAUUUUCGUUAUCGUACGCCUUCGCGUUCUCGUAGCCGCUCUAGAAGCCAAACUCCAAUUCAUUGGCGAGCAGCUCAAAAACGUACGAUUAAAAUGACCGAUCUGGAAAAAUUGGAAGAUGAAAAACGGCAAAGAGAAACGGAGAUCAAGCGACGCGAAACGGAGCGUAGAAAACGCCACGAGGAGCUCGCGAAAGGAGUCUCGAAAAAAUCGUUCUUCGAGUUGAACCAGGAGCAGCCAGCCACACAGAACCGAUCGUCAAGUGAGUCGCCCGAUGCUUCUGUAGAACCGAAGCGAGCGGAUGAUGCCGUCAAAAAUCAACCGCAGCUGCAGCGAGCCAAAUCCAACGGGUCGAUCGAUAUGAAUGCAUUAGAUUACGAGCAUCAUCCGGCUGGUGCGUCCGACACGGAGCCGGAUGAAGCAUCGCAUAAGAAGAGUGACACCCUGGCCAAGGCUCUUGGUGUGGAACCAAAAAAGAAAUCUAACGAACAGACAAAAUCGGAGGAGCGGCGGAGACCAACCGAGGACCGCAAGCGUGAUCGUUCAAGGAGCCGAUCGCGAGAUCACCGUAGAAUGGAUGAUUAUCGAGGUCGAUCGCCUCAACCAAACUACCGGGCAGGCAAUCGUUAUCGGCAGCCGUAUGGUUUCUCUUCCGGUCAACCGUUUAAUCGCUAUCAGCAACAGAGACGAUACGGUGGGGGUGGAGCCGUUGUUGGGUCAUAUUAUUCGCGUCCUCGCGGACGUUUCGGUACCUACAACGAUCGUUUCGAUCGCGAUCGUCGUCGUUCCCGUAGCCACGAUGACGGCUAUUCUCGGCGUUCUCGUAGAGAUCGGUCUGAGAAUCACUCGCGAUCUAGAAGCCCUGAGAGAAGACGUCACCGUCACCGAGAUAGUUCGAGUGGCUCGGGUAGUUCCCCAGCACCCGAAGAACGCACGCGGCGCGAUCGAUCCGGUUCACCUGCCAACAAUGCCCGAUCGGGGCCACGUUCGAUGGCAGGUGAAAAAAUGGCCCAUUCAAAGGCGUCCAAUGGAAAAGAUCUCGAGAAUUUUAGAGAUAAAAGUCCAGGCUCAGUAGCAACCGCGAUCGUGGUCGCUGCAACGGCAGCUGUCGAGGCAGCAAAGGCCUCCCCGGUUGUCAUUAAAAAGGAGGAAACGGAAGAAGAAAAAGCUCGUGUGCAGAAGGAAAAAAUGUUAAAACGUGCCGAAACGCUACUACUGCUCAAGAGUCAUAUGGAAAAGGAAAUAGAGGAACAGCAGCGCAAAGCACGGGAGAAGCAGCAGCAACAACAACAGCGUAAGUAUAAGGAAGAGCGCGAUGAAAACGGAGCCGCCCUGGAUGCCGUCAUGGAUUUGGCUCAGUUGAAGCAGCUCAAAAAAGAAACCAUCGAAAAAUUAAACGCGCAGGAAGCAGCUCAACGUAUUCUUGAGACAGUUGUAACGAAUGUCAGCGCAUCCUCGUCGGGUGGUGGCAAUCAUAAAAAGAAGACCAAAAGCAGCGGCAAACGGCGAUCGUCAAGCACUUCAUCCUCGGCUUCAUCGUCGUCCUCAUCAGCGGGUUCGUCGAAAAAGGGAAAAAAUCGUAAGAAGCGAAAGGAUAAAAAACGCAAAACUCGACGCCACUCGUCAAACAGUUCGUCCUAGAGAAUCGGAGCGAAUGUCUACAUUGGACAAGUAGCUACGAUUGCUACGUUUCUCCACGUCAAAUCGAUUAGUUUCCACUAAACUAUGGGAAAUCUUUUUACAAACAGAGCAAACGAAUGUCUCUGAUAUGAUAAACAUAUUCUUGUAUUGGCUUUCAUUUUCAAUAAACCUAUUCUUACUACUAAUACAACUAC